AUGAGAAAACUUGAGUUUGUGAAGCUCCUGCUUAUCGGUUUCCUCAUCCUCGGAAAUCUCAACGCAACCAUGAUCAGACCCGUCGCUGAAAGCGCUAUCUAUCGCCUCCCUGGCCUGGGGGGUAUACUGGCUGGGCAAGCCAUAAACCCAAAGCCGGAAAGCAGCGCUCGCGAUAAGCCCCAGCCACACGCAUGGACUCUGCGCUCUGGUGUGUUUACCCCGCGCCAAUUAGUUGAGGGGUUUGCUCCCCUUCUGGACACUGUUGUCUACCGUCUGGGCGAGGAUCCUACAAACACAAGACCCGCCCGGGCACUACUCCUCGACAAUGUUGCGUCCAACUUGGCUACCCACACUCGCGAAUCCACCCUGCCCUUCCAGAAUGAUGUGCCUGAUCUCUCGCGCAGGGAGGUGAAGGAGCAGGCCGAACGAAUUGGAAAGACCCUCGUCAAGUGGGCGCGUGAGAUCUCUCAUGGCCCCUUCGAACAAAACCUCAAUAUUCGUAGCCCAUGCGAGAAUCAUCUACUUAUACCAGUGAAUGUCGAGCUCAUGUUCGGCCGUCGCAGUCAGCCGCACCUGAUGCAACUGUUCAACGAAUAUAUGCACCAGAUGGUGCUGCUUCGCGACGCUCUCCUUCCAUUCCGGAACUUCGAGGAGGUCUUGAUUCCCAUUGACGGCAAGGCUGCGCGGGGCAUUCGUCAUCUGGAACCUAGUCGCGCGCAGUUCCUGACAGGCCUCGUUACCAAGAGCGUGACUCAGGCGUCGGUGCUGGCAUACACUAAAGCGCUUCUGGCGCCAGAUCUACCCCGGACCGACACUGGAGGUUAUGGCUUCCAGUAUGAGCAUGGCUCCAUCCUGCCGGCUAUCCUGAGCGGCGGAGACCAUUACCACUUGCUGGAGUACGUCCCUGCCAAGCUUGACCCAUCUCAGAAGAACAUCCUAUUCGACUACGAAUUCUCAGAUUACUACACUGCCCCUCGUCCUGAGAUCCCUGCUGGAUCUCAGACGCAGACUGAAGAUCUACUCAAGUUUCCCGCCGAGUCCGUAUCUCCUGUGGUCCAGAAUGCCAGCCUGGGUCUGGUGCCCUCGACCAAGUCCACUCCCGUACGUCAGGUGGAGCUUCGCCUCGAGUUUAACAACGGAAAGUGCAUUGGCAUCGACGUUGGCCAGAUCGCUCGUGGCCACCGCUACUCUUACCAGGCUCUCCCAGGCAGCCAGGCAGACCUCUCAGCCCAGAACGCCACAGUCCACUCAGCCCUAGACGUUCUUUUGCACCCCGACAGUGGUCUUAUCACUGCAAAGCAGGGUGGUGUUCAUAUUAUCCCGACCGUGGAGCCAAUUGUCGCUCUCGCAACUCUAGGAAAGUUAUAUCCAGAGAACGUUGUGCUCUUACCGGAGGAUGGUGAUCUUGGCCAGACUGAGAAGGCUGGUAAGGGAUUUGAACCUAAAUUUAUUAUCUGGGGUGGUGUGAAACAUGGUGGCCUGAAGGGACGCUUCUGA